AGACCUGUCGCAACAAUUACGCGCCACGUUCAUCACUCUCUUCUUCCCCAUUUGUCUGCAAACCAAACUGCUUCAAAAGUAACAACCUAAACUUCUCUUCUGCUGCUUGAUCGUCGGCUAAUCUUCGGUAGGAACAAGGAGAGAUUAAGAUUAUAUAGAGAAAAAUAUUUGGCUAUAUAGAAGUAGCGGACGAGGAAUUGGAAGAAGCUAAUCCGAAAUGAGUUCGACCGUUUCGCGGUUGAUCCAUUCAAGAUCAUCGAUUCCCAAGUUAUACACAAUGGCUGCUUCAAGGGGCGGGAGACCAUUUUCAACAGACUCUAACAAGGUUGACGAGCCGUUUAAGGUCGAGGAAGCAGAAACAAUUAAUGUUCCUCCACCUCCAACUGAGAAGUUGCUGGUGCUGGGUGGAAACGGAUUUGUGGGCUCUCAUAUCUGUCAGGAAGCUCUAGAUCAUGGUCUUACAGUUGCUAGCCUUAGUAGGUCUGGUAGAUCAUCAAUACGUGAUACUUGGGCUAACAAUGUUAUUUGGCAUCAAGGAAACCUUCUUUCACCUGAUUCAUUGGAUGAAGCUUUCAACGGUGUUACAGCUGUUGUCUCUUGCAUUGGUGGUUUUGGCUCUAAUUCUAAAAUGUACAAGAUCAAUGGGACGGCAAAUAUCAACGCAAUCAGAGCCGCUUCAGAAAAAGGUGUAAAGAGAUUUGUCUAUAUCUCUGCUGCUGAUUUCGGCGUGGCUAAUUACUUGCUGCAGGGAUAUUAUGAGGGAAAGCGAGCCGCUGAGACAGAACUCCUAACUAAAUUUCCUUAUGCAGGAGUGAUUUUGAGGCCUGGAUUUAUUUAUGGGUCCCGUAAUGUUGGGAGCAUGAAGUUACCUCUGGGAGUAAUUGGUUCUCCUCUGGAAAUGGUUCUUCAACACACAAGGGCCCUAAACCAGAUACCACUGGUUGGUCCUCUGUUUACUCCUCCGGUAAACGUUACGGCGGUGGCAAAGGUUUCUGUUAGGGCAGCAACAGACCCCGUCUUUCCUCCAGGCAUCAUCGAUGUUUACGGCAUUCAACGUUAUAGUGAACACAAGUCAAAAUAGAUUCGAUAAGAGACCUUGAGGCGUGCACACUUUCUCAUGCUAUCGUAUUUAUAUAUUAGAGAAUCCAUUAUCUAAACAUUAGUUGAUCUUCUCACUUGAUGGGGUUUUACUUGACAUCUUGUGUACUGGGUUGGAGAUUGAAGACGUUCAUUUUCUUGUAUCUGGUGCAAAUAAUAUCAUGCAGAGAUCUGCAAAUUCAUUUGUCUACCAUUUUAUUUUCUCCUCUUUCCAUUACAAUUAUUGGGAAAGGAAGUAUCUUGAAUGGCUAGAUGUUUAAAUGAAUGCAGUGUUCUCUCCUGUGUUGGACUGUAUUGCAUUACAAUCGAUGCUGCAGCAUUUAGAAUCCCCUUCAUAGUUUUGAAUGUUUAUAUUUCUUCCAA